ACGGCUCCCGUGGCGGUCCCCCGAUGACGUCACGGUCGCCAUGACAACGCGCGCCCUCCCGAGGCGUGACAGCGACGAGAGGGCGGUGACGUCACCGGGAAGCUGAGCCGUUCUCUCAGCUGGGAGCUGGCGCGGAGGGACCGCAGCUCAACACGAACCACAAGGGAGACAUGUACAGCUCCGUCUGAGGCAUCGUCUGCUCCUGCUAUUUCUUCUUGAACAGACCUUUAAGUUUCUUAGUUUUUUUUCAUCCAUGUCAGUUCUCGCUCAGCAUUAGCAGCAGGACUGCCUAGACAGAACACUGUCAGAUUUUUGCGCUGUGGGAAAGAAGUGACUUCACAUUUUGUCUUGCACUGUCUAUCCUAUCUACGUGCGGACGCCUUGGGGAGUCCUCUACAAGUCUUACUGACAAGCUGAUAACACUUUCAGCACCAAGGACGGACACAGAAUUUCUCUCCAUGUCAGACUGUUAGCUUCGUGACUACAUCACACUGGUAAGGGCAUUGUCCAUUUUGCAUGUGUGUUCGGUAGAUCUGAUUGCCUCCACGUCUAGGCGUCAAACCUACAUCAGUUCUGACUGUGGACUGUUGUUGACUGCGUCCAUCGUUUCCAGCGCCCAACAGGCCUCCAGCCGUGCCGGUAUCAUCGUUAUCAUCACACAAACAGCUUAGACCGAGGAGACUUGUUGGCACAACCCGACCAAGCCUGAGACUUGACAGAGAGAACUGAAGCUUAGCGCAACAACACCUCAACACGCAUCGCUUAUAGCUACGCCUCUAGCCGUGCUGUUGUUAUCUCUGUCAUCUUAAAAAACAACAGAGUACACCGAGAAAACCAGGCUUGUUGUGACCAAGCCUGAAACCUUUCAGAGAGAACGAAGCUUGAUGCAACAACACCUUAGCACGCAUCACUUAGUUACUAAUCCAGCCGUGAAGUUGUCAUCUCUGUCAUCGCUGUCAACAAGACUUUAGCACGCAUCACGGAGCUGCCUUCCCAUCUGUGACAGUACCAUCGCUGACAUCCCAAUAACAGCGUACACCGAGGAGGACACGCUUGGUGACAUUUGCACGGUCAACAGAAGGAAGACCUUAAAUGACCCUCUUGGACAAGAAAUGCUUCUGUGAAAAAGAGAAGAUCUACGCUUGAUCAAUUCCGAGCUUUGAAUGUGUUCAAACUCCGGUGUAUCAAAGAACACCAUGGUUCGGUCGCCAAUGUAUGGUUGAACGGUACGACACUCCUGCCCAUCUCUGGCCUCGGAAACUACACUUGGGCUCCGACCGACGAGGUACCAACCUUCGAAAUCACCAACAUGGCGAUCUCUACAGAAGUCCCCAGCACCAUGAGUGUGGCACCAACGAGUGACAACACCACCACAAGCGUUGAUGUUGUCUUCCCCGCGCUAGGCAUGGAUCGUUCCUCGGCACAGAUCGUCAUAGAAACGGUAACGCUGGUGCUGCUGUGGGUGGCCUCCGUGCUUGGUAACGUGCUCGUGUGUAUAGUCGUGUACCGAAGCCGCCGGCUGCAGUCCACCACCAACUACUUCGUGGUGUCUCUGGCGUGCAGCGAUCUCCUGGUCGCCUUCCUGUGCAUGCCUUUCGUGCUGGGACGCGUGGUGUCCAACCGCUGGGUGUUCGGCGGGCCGAUGUGCAGCUUCGUCCGGUUUGUCCAGUUCACCUGCCCUGGAGCGACCGUGUACGUGCUCCUGUCCAUCGCCAUAGACCGGUUCUACACCAUCAUCUACCCGCUCAGCUUCAAGGUCUCUCGGACGAAGGCGAAGCAGAUGAUCGUGCUGGCUUGGCUCUUCUCCGCGCUUCUGGCGUCGCCGUGUUUCUACUUCUUCCAGACGGAGGCCGUGGUGGACAAGACGCUCUGCCCGACCUACUACCCUGGGGACUGGCGGGGAGCGCUGUACGUAACGGCUGUGUUCUGUGUGGACUACCUGGUGCCCAUCGCCCUGAUCAUCCUGCUCUACACGCGGGUCGUCAAACACAUCUGGACCAUCGGGGUCGGGGGAAGGAAGCUGCAGCGGACCAAGAACACCGUUCCCGCCACAAAGGUGAAGACCAUCAAGAUGCUGCUUGUGGUGAACGCCGUGUACCUGAUCACGUGGUCGCCCUUCUUCCUGCUGCACCUGGGUCACGUGAUCUCCUCGGCGGUCCGCAGCAGUGCGCACGCGCGGGUGGAUGACGCGGACCCCACGUGGUUCGUUGCUAUGGUUUGGAUCGGCUUCUCCUCCUCCGUCUCCAACCCGCUCAUCUACUGGGUCUGCAACCCGAACUUCCGCAGGGGAUGCCGGGAGAUAUUCUGCAUGUCGAACAUGAAAUGCUACCGGAGCAACACUUACGCCAUCACCUACACCACGCCGUUCGGCAAGAGGAAUCACGUGGGCUUCGCCCUGGAUUCGAACGUUACCGGGGCAACGGCCGGGCGUGGGGCGGCGGCCGGCAACGCCGCCGAGUCUGCGCAGCCGCAGAACGGUCACGUGACCGCCUCGUUCGAUAGAGAGGCUAAGCGGGAGAAGAAGAUCGCCUGGCCGCUGGUGUCGAACGGCGCCAAUACUUACUUGUGAGAUAUUCCAUGAAUACACGAAUCAAAGACAUACUACUUAGUAUUUGAUUGAAAAGUUUAUGACGGUCAAAAGAAAACCUGUUUUUCUGUCCGCUCGCCUUCGAUGAUGAUCUAUCAAAUGGCGCCAAUACUUACUUGUGAAUGAUGCCAUAUCCAUAAUGUUGCAUCUAAGAAAGACUUUUACAUUGAAAAGUUUAAGACGGUUAAAAGAAAACCUGUUUUUCUGUUCGCUCGCCUUCGAUGAUGAUUUGUCAGCUCAGAGUAUGUUCUAACUGAUCUUUCAAAUGCAGAGCCAAGACUUACUUGUGAAGGAUGCCAUAUCCAUAAUGUUGCAUAAUAUUAUAAGAAAGACGGUCAAACGAACACCUGUUUCGAUGAUAAACUGUCAGCUCAGAAUAUGUUCUAACUGCUCUUUCAAAUGCUUAUGUUAUACUUACUUGUAAAACUUAGUUAAUACUUACUUGUAAAACAUUCCAUAAUUUAUUCAAUGAAAGACUUUCACAUUGAAAAGUUUAAGGCAAUGGAAAGGAAAAAAUCUAUUCUUUUUUUCCAUCCGCUUGCUUUUGAUGAUGAUCUGUGAGAUCAGAAUAUGUUCCAACUAUUUUUAAUUCGAUUGCAGGGAAGCUUUGACCAUUCUAAAAAUAGCCAAACGUCUUUGCGAUCAACAAAAUGUUUGCUUUCGCUUGACGCAAUAUCUGACGUCACCCGUGAAAAGGUAUCAUUUUCUUUUGGGACUUGAAGACAUUCCUUUCAUGUUGGCCAACCAGACAAUUACGUCAUCUAAAAGUAGCGAAAAAUGUAAUUUUCUGUAAUAUUGAAAAGCUGGCCUUUUGGUUUAUUCACUUGGUUUUAGGGAAUGUCGUGCCACAAUCAUUAUUUAACCCAUUCCAACCAAAAUGUUGUUUGGAAUCAAACCUGAGCUCGUACAAGAAACUAUUUUGUGUGUGACCGAAAUGCGGACACGAGAAAAUAUGCCAUGGAACAACACCAACAAAAGUGUUGAUAUGUGCUUUAAAGGACAACGUGCUUUGUAGAAAAUGUACCACAGACAUUUUGUACGGAGUAUUUAGGAUAUAUUGUCCAUGCGAAGAGUCAGAGAUGUAUUGUUAUAUGCCCGUAUACAUAUCUAUAUCGUCAGGAAGAUUUCUUGUUGAUGUGUCAAGUGGGGUGCGAAAGCUAUUUGUCAAACUGUGGAAAUCAUCUUGAAGUUUUUAACUGUACACUGUUGUUGCCAAAGUUGCCAUCGUGAGUCUAAGUAAACUAUUGUGUAUAUUGUAAUACACAAGCUGCAUUUUGAUGUACGAAAAGAGGUAAAAAAAGGUAUCGUUGUAUAUUUUGACAAAAAUCGUAAAUAUGACUUCUGCAGUCACAGUGGUCGAUUUUAUACGUGUAGCUUCUGAUAUGAAUCUAGAAGUUCCGUUUUGUACGUUUGUAGAAGCUAUGGAAACUACGUAUGUAGAAUUAUCCUGAGUGCGACUCGUUUGAUACGUUUAUAAUAGCGCGUGACGUCAUAGAACGUGACGUCAUAAACAUUGGUGGUGUAGAUCCAAUAUGGCCGCCAGUCAUGAUCAUUUGGAACGAACAACU